CUGCUAUGGGUUACCACUCGUCUAAAACGCCCAAAUAUCACAAUAAAGUUCCGUAGCGUAUGUUUCUCUCAAGAUUUACAAUGUUCUUCGACUUUUCAGAAGGGCGAACGAGAACUGGUCGGAUUCAAGGAUAUGAAUGUUGGAUAUGAUAGUGGUUGGGAUCGUGUCCUGUUAUUAUGGCCAAUAAUCAUAAGGCAUCUUAUUGACGAGCAGAGUCCGUUGUUCGCGCUGACACCUGAUUCGUUGCACAAUGCUGAUUUUGAGCUUAUUAUGACUGUUGAGGGUAUUGUUGAGGCUACUGGCAUGACAUUCCAAGCACGAACCUCUUUUCUACCUGAUGAAAUACUCUGGGGCUACAGAUUUCGUUCGAUGGUAGUACUGAACGAGAAGAUUGGCAGGUAUGAAAUUCAGUAUAAAUUAUUUGAUGAAACAGAACCAGUUGAAGAGAUCUCCUUUAAAGAAGUGCACGCAAAUGAGAGUAAUGACGACGAAGAUUGUUGUUUUUCUUCGCCAAGAAAUAGCUCUGGAUUUGUUUGA